AUUUUUCCUCGAAAGGAUUCGCUGAUAAAAAAUUGGAAUUUGAUUCGGAUAAAUAAAUUCAUCAGCUGAUGGGAAGGAAAUAGCAGGAAAGGGCAUCUAUCCUUUUAUUCCUUUUCCGUAAUGUGAUUGUGAAGUACGAACGUCGAACACCAUCACAAAUUUCAAUUUUCAUUCAGUACUGUAUCAAUGUUCAGUACCAUCUGUGUUCUUUUGGCAGAAUGAGGUAACGCCAGUUGUUGAGGUCGAACUUUUCGUUUCCAGGUUUGGUGUUCGGUUAAAAUUGUGAGGUAUGGUCUGAAAAAGUUGUGAAUUUCUUCAAAUGAAUAAUGUGUGCAUACUUAAACUUUAGAAUGCUGAAAUUUGCCAUCAUCUUCGUUCUACUUAAUUUGGCGAAACCAGGACAGUUUCAACAUGAAGAUGUAUACGAUGACGAAUUUCUUCAAUCAUCUGAUCAAAUGCUACGUAAAUUUUGGGGUAUUCAAGAUGUAACCACCUCAGUUGGAAAACUUUUUUACUACAAGGUGCCCAAUGAUGCAUUCAAAGGGACCAUUCUAUACUACGAUGUGGUUGGUGAUGAAAAUUCCACAUUACCAAAAUGGAUGAUUUAUGACAAAAAAACCGCAGUGCUUGAAGGAGUACCGUCAGUAAAUGAUGUUGGAGAUACUAGAAUAAAUGUUAAAGCCUAUGAUAAUAAAGGACAAUCUGUCAGUGAUAUGUUUGUGGUCGAAGUUUACCCUUUAUGGGAAACUAACACUAAUAAUAAGAGAAAAUGUAAAAAAGGAGAAGGAGUAAUGAUGAUAACUCUCAUCAUUAAUGAAAAUUUUGACAAUAUUACGCCUAGGCAAAAAAUACUUGCGUUGAGAAAUUUAGCAAAAUAUUUGCAUUUACCUGUGAAUACGCUUCUAUUUUUAAAUUCAAAAGAAAACUUGGGGAGUAAUUCUGAAACGUCAGUGUUUGGUAAUGAAGUUAAUGAAAAGGAGGAACAAAACACAUCAGUCAUUACCUGGCAGAUUGGCUGCAAAGAGAAGAUCUGGGCAGAAAAAUUACAGAUCGUAGAGAUAGUUGAGAACUACAUGAAAGAUGGUACCUUAGCUGAACGAUUACAAUUGCCUGUCUUGCGUUGGCAAAUUGCUUCGAGCUUUAAUCCUUUCAGAACACGAAGACAUACUGAACAAAAUAAUAAUCGUCUGAAAGACGAUGAUAAAGACGAUGCUGGUUUAGAUGACGAUGCAGAUGAAGACGAUGAAGUUGAUGAUGAACCUGAAUUGGAUGAAGAUGAUUCUCAAUCUGAAAACAUUUUACCCAGUUCGGCAUCCCCUGUGUAUCCCGAAGUAACUAAUACUCAACUAUAUCAACCCGGACUUAAAACAUCUAAUCCACGUUCAAAUAAGAUACCAAUUAUUGAUAGCGUUAUUUCAAAUCAAACAUUGUCUAAACUUAAAAUCAGUCCCAACUCAACGAGUUUUUUGUUAUCAUCUGAGCAAACAGAUAAUGAUGAAGACACGACGGAAGCCAUAGAGAAUUUGGACGACCUAAUCAACUGGACCAAACAAAACUAUUCGUCUGGUGUUGAUGAGCGAGGAGUGCAAGAUAACUUGGAUUCUCCUAUUUCUAAUGGCUCAACUACAAACGUUAUUAGCAAUGAAAAAAGCACAACUCAAUCACCGAAACGUUACCCGCCACAGGUUAAACGUAAUUUUGAGCAAAUCCUCGUCGAAGCUGGAAAGCCUCUCAAAGUUUCAAUUCCUGAGGAUAUUUUUAUUGAUUCUGAAGAUGGAAACACACGCAAUCUUACUUUAAAACUCUAUAAACCGGAAGAAUGUGUUGUGUAUGCACCGUGGAUUGAUCUAACUGAAAAUCAAGAAUUACAUAUAUUCACCUCUUUGGAUACAAUUUCGAAGCACGAGCUAACAUUGGAAGCGAAAGAUUCGGAUAAUAUGAGCGUUAAUACGAGUAUAAUUGUGAACGUGCAACACCCACAAAAUGCUCGCACCAUCAAUUUUGAAAUUUCCCUUCAUUUCAAGUUGCAUGAAAAUCAAAACUUGACAGUGCCUAUGCUAUUUGAUGUUUUGAAUAUAGUAGCUGGAUUCUAUAGCGAUGCAGACUAUGGGAAAAUUACGAUUCGCAAUGUCACUUGCAAUCCAUUUGUCCUCACUUGGGCCAAUACAACGUUACCCAGAGAUCACUGUGAUAACAAAACAAUUAUGAAUUUAAUUAAUGUGUUAAACAAGGAAGCUUCAAGUAUGGAUGUCCAAAAACAUGUUUAUCUUGCUUUCGAAAGAAAUGGCAUCAUCGUCGAAAAAUUAACUUGGCGGGGAAUCACACUUUGUAAUGAAAUACCACUUCCGCGGAUUCCUAUGACAGAAAGGAACAAUUUCCUACCAAUUCUUCGCAACAGAAUUGAUAAUAUUACCGCAACUGUAGGCGAGUUGAUGGUAUUGAGAGUUCCUGAGGAUACGUUUUUCGAUGCUGACGAACCAAAUGGUCGUAAUUUGAAGUUGAAUGUGUACACUGUGGACAACCAACCAAUCAGUGCUGAUAAUUGGUUACAGUUUGAUACAACUAAUCAAGAAUUCUACGGUUUACCUAUGUCUAAUAAUGUUGGAUCUGUUAAAUAUCAAUUGGUGUGCAAUGACAAUAAAGAAGACACGGAAAUUAUGAAAGUCAGGCACGUCAUUGAAGUAGUUGUGGAGCCAGGUGCCAAAAAUAAUUUCAACGUAGAAUUCAGAAUGAAGCUUAAGAAAUCAUACGAUGAGUUCGCUAAAUCACAACUUUUAAAGAGGACAUUCGUCGAAAAACUGGCCAAAUUAUUUGAUGAUAAAAACACUUCAUCUGUUGUGAUUAGCGGUUAUUCUCCUGAUUCUUUGUCGUCAAAUUCUCUGAUUAUUACGUGGCAUAACAAAUCGUUACCAUUCAAUGCCUGUGAUGAACCAGAAAUCACCAACUUGAGAAAAGUUCUUCUAACAGAUGAAAUGAAACUGGAAAAUAAUGUGAAUGAAGUUUUGAAGCCAGACUUCGAAGCUGUUUCCAUAGAUAUCUCUCCCACUGGUAUUUGUGAAGGUAGCUUAACAGAACAUCAUAUUGAACCGCCUGAAGUUAAUACUGGAUCUCAAGAAAUACAUGCUAUCAUUUUUGAUAACAUUUAUUUCAUCAACUCAGUCCUUCCAAUAGCCAUUAUCAUCGUUAUGAUAUUGGUUGCCAGUUUGAUCGCUUGCGUAUUGUACAGAAGUCAACGCAGUACUGCAAAAUGGACUCUGGGCGAUGACGAAAAAAGGACGUAUCGCAAUAAAGGCAUUCCUGUUAUAUUCCAAGACGAACUGGAAGAACGUCUGGAACCCACCAAUAAAAGCCCCAUUAUAUUAAAAGGAGAAAAACCACCUCUUCCACCUCCUGAUUAUCAGAAAGUUCCUCCUGUUGCCACAACAGCUUUGUUAUCUGAUUUCGAUGACUCGUCACGUCAACAAGGAAGCGGAACUUAUUCCCGUAGCAUGGAACGUAAUGGACGCUCCAAACCAACGCCCAAUUACCGAAAACCACCUCCUUAUGUUCCACAAUAAUUUUCAUCUAAAUUGUUGUGCUUUUUUGUUUCCUAUUCUGUACUUAGAUUAUUGCAUUCUUUUAACCAUAGAUUAAGAUGUAUAAACUUUACAAAUUCCUUUUGAAAAACGUUCAAAUGUAGACUUUUUUUCUCCAACAUACGAACAGUUAUUCAAUUCGUUCCUUGAUUUUACCACAGUAUUUCAAAGAUUGCAGUUGUAUUAUAUUGGUCCUCUUAUUUCAAUUAUUUUCUAUCAACUUUUUUCAUUUUUUACUGAUUUUUCAAUUUUAAUUUUUGUAGUUAUUUGUAUAGGUACUUAGUAGGUACCAGGUACCUAGGUUGGUAGUUAGGUGUUUUGUUUCUUUCUCGAGUUUCUCUUAUUGUAAUUUUAACGAUUUUUUACGUGUUCAUUUCGUUUUAUAUUUGUGAAUCGGUGUUUCGUUAUUUUUAUAAUUUUAUUUGUGAGUCUUACGUGUUGAAAUGUUGGUAUUAUUUUUCUUUUGUUUUAUAGAUGUUAAAUAUUAUCAAGUUUAGUGACUUAUUCUUGGAAUUUGGUAUGGUAAACAAUAAUUGAACUUUGUUGCAUUUCAUUUAUUUUUUAUUUUUAAGUCAACUUGGAUAUUUUUUUAGGUUGUUUUCUUUUAUUGUGUUAGUGUGAUUUGUAAAACAAUAAUUUUUCCAAUUUCUUACGUAAUCUAUCAAAUAAUGUUACAUAUCUUGAAAAUUCAUGUGCUUAUGAAUCAAUUUAAAAUAUGUACAUGUUGCAUUUAUAAGAGGAAUAAGGAUUUUAUUUAUUUUACCAAUGUCAAAAGUAUUAUGAACAUAUCUAAGGCAUAUCAGAGUUCUAAAGAAACAAUACUGUAAUUCACUGGUUGAUUUUAUGUUUUUAUUGUUGAUGAUCAAUGUAAUUAUGUUGCAACUGAGUUUAAGUAAGUCUUCCUUUGUUAAAUUUUGUAUUGUAUAAUCGCAGCUGACUGCACAAAACUCAUCUUCAUGUUGUGAUUUAAAAUGUAGUUAUAACAUAGGUGAAAGUUUUACGUUCAUAUCCAGUUUUAAUGUUAACAUUCUAUCCUCAAUCAGUAUCGAAUAUUAUUUAUCAUGUACAUCGGUGUAUAGUGUAAACUAGUCUUUUUAAAAGAUUGGCGUUUCAUUUCUAUUUUUUUCUUGUAAUUUUUACACUGCGUCACAAAUUCAAAAAACGGAUACCUAAAUUAACCAUUCACAUACUUUUUCCAAACGCAUCGCACAACAUCUAAGAAUUGAGUAAAUGUGGCCACAAGAGAAUCACCUAUCAAAAAUUAUUCUUUUAAAAUUUCGUCGCUCUGUUGCUUCUUCUUUUUGGCGAAUUUUUAUGCGUUAUGCGUUGGGAAAAAAAAGUAUAUGUGAAUGCAGCCAAACAAGUCAUUAGGUUAAGAUUUUUAAGAUCAAAGGAUAUUGUAUUUAAUGGUCGCGUAUAUUUUAAUUUUUCUCAAAUAAUGGAGCUUUGGAAGUAGAUUUUUCUAAUAUAUUUUUAAAAAUGA